AUGGCGGAUACUCACGCUGCAAUACGUAUGUCCUCACCUACGGUGGUUCCUCCGUCCAAAAUGCCAUCAACUCGAGCCAUUCAAGAGACCAGGAGCUCCACACCAACAGGGAACAACAGCAAUAGCUGCAGUUCAUUACCAAUACCUGCACAUCGACGGUCUACCACUCGCUCGAUGCUACUCACUGCGUCAACACCUGCGCCUCCAUCUCGCUCCGGUGGUCGAGUCACGCCGCCCAUCAGGAUGGAAAUGAGCAUCACAGAGCAGAUCGCCAGACAAACACGCAAGUCCACGGUGCUCGACCCAAAGAACGCCUUGCUGCUCAUGGCCAUCCCAGACUAUGACGACUAUAAAAUCAUGCAGCCCUAUAGCUGCAGGUCGCUUUCCAACAAGAGCAAGUUCGUUGGCGGUCGUGACUUUAUCACACGCCACAACCCACAAGAAGUCAACGAUUUCAAAAUGAAAUAUUCGCGCGACGUAGGCAACCUGAAUCGACAUCGAUCCAUCUUGGCACCGCCUACAUCCAAUCUGCCAGCUACCGGUUUGUUUUCAUCUUCCUCCGAAUCUAUCGGCUCUCUAGGUUCACCUAACAAUAAUGACAAGUGGCUCAAAGAUGGUUCAUUAUGGCGGAAGACUUUCACGUCCACCAUGAAAGUCUGCUGGGUGCUCACCGAUUACGGCAUUCAAACACUUAUCGGACCUGAGUACAGACUAACUACACGGACUCCAGUGCUUCCAGCGAUACCGUCACCAGGGCCUCUGAAGCCACUGUCACUCCCGUUAUCUUGUCGAUCAGCGAGACCAGAAACCCCUUCAUCGCUUGCAGCAUUCUCUGCACGCGAAUCGGCUCGAAAGGGCUUCGGAGUGGACCUAGCGGACGAGAAAACGCUAGCAGCAUUGUCACGGUUUGCAGUGAGCACCCCAAAGUCACGCAAGCCCCCCUGCUCUCCGUCUACACGGUUUACCGAUCUGAAAGCCCCAAAAAGCGAUGAAAGCUCUUCGACGCUUUCAAGUUCUGAAUCACGCACGGAUGGAGCGGAGUUGCUUUCACUCGCUCCUUAUGCAGAUGUGUCAUGGGAACGCAACGAUGAAUUUGAACAAAAUGACUCUGCUUCGCCACAAGAUACAAACUCGCAGAAGAAGACCGUGGGAUUCUCGCUCGCUUGUCCAGCAACUACUACAGAUCUACGGCUCCCAGUGGUUUCCUCGAUGACUCAGAAUUUUGCAGUAGAGGUGUCACCUCCUUCACUUGCGCUGGGCACGUUGCUAACAGGACAAGUGUAUCUGUUUCCCGUGCGAGUCCGAAACGUGGGGUUUCGUCAGGAACGCUUUCGUGUCAACCGGGUAGUUGCCACAUGUGCGGGGUUCAGUGCUAGCAUUGCGGAAGCGAAUUAUCAACGCGAAUGUGCACGCUUGGCGCCUGGAUUGGCGGCGAUUGUGACGGUAGCGCUAAGUUUCCAUCACCCCGGUCGAGCGACAGGUUCUCUACGUGUGGAAGCUGAAGGCCUUGGUGCUUGUGACGUCGAGAUAAAAUGCACCGUACGAUAG